AUGCGUCUUCUCAAGGUUGAAGAAAAUGGAGACUUCUCUUUCGCCGAGUUCGACGAAGACAGUAAACCGCCGUAUGCGAUACUUUCGCACAGGUGGGCGGAAGGGACAGAGGUAACCUUCGAAGAUUUGCAAAGGAACAUGGGCGAAGAAAAGCUCGGCUAUGAAAAGAUUCGUCUCUGCGGGAAACAAGCACAGCGAGAUGGCUUGCAGUAUUUCUGGGUCGAUACUUGCUGCAUUAACAAGGCAAACAAGGCUGAGCUGUCGCUGGCUAUCCUGUCCAUGUUUCGCUGGUACCGGGACUCGGCUCGAUGUUAUGCCUUUUUGUCUGAUGUCUCGAGCCCACCUUUGGGCACUACCCUAGCAUGCAGCCCGCAGGAAUCCGAAGUCCAAAAAAGCGAAUGGUUCACUCGAGGCUGGACACUUCAGGAGCUCCUCGCACCCAGAUCGGUUGAGUUCUUCUCACGAGAAUGGGAGAGGUUGGGCGAUAGGAAGUUGCUAAUACAACAAGUGCACGAGGCUACUGGGAUCCCGCAUCGAGCGCUGCAAGGAGGUGCAUUGUCUCAAUUCAGCGUCAGUGAGCGGUUGCGGUGGAUUGAAUACCGGCAUACUACAUAUCCAGAAGACAAAGCAUAUUCCCUAGCGGGUGUUUUGGACGUUGAUCUGGCACCAUGUUAUGGCGAAGGUGUUGAGGGAGCGUUUAGGCGACUCCACGACGAGAUCGACAAAUCGACCCGAUGUAUUCAAGACUUAUGUGGCACAGAUUCGCGGAAAGACAAGCAGCGCAUUGAGGAGAUGAAGGGCGGCCUGUUGAAAGAUGCAUACAAUUGGGUCUUUCACAAUGAUAGUUACACGUAUUGGCACGCAGACCCGGAGAGCCGGGUGUUAUGGGUCAAGGGUGACCCUGGCAAAGGCAAGACGAUGUUGCUCUGUGGCAUCAUUGACGAAUUGGAGACGUCUACCCCAAUUAGGAACGCAACGACAGUCGCUACAGCUGUGCUACGUGGAUUGUUGUACUCGCUUGUGAGCCAGCAGCUAUCACUCGUGUCUUGUGUGCGUAAAAAGUACGAUCACAUAGGCAGAGCAAUGUUUGAGGACGUAAACGCAUGGAUUACCUUGGAAGACAUUUUUACGGAUGUGCUACAGAACCCGGACCUUCUUCCCACUACUUACCUGAUCAUCGAUGCGUUAGACGAGUGUGUUACUGACUUACCAAAGCUUCUUGAUUUUAUCAUAAAGAAUUCUUCUGCCUCCCGCGUUAAGUGGAUUGUUUCUAGCCGCAACUGGCCAGAAAUCGAAGAACGCCUAGAGCAAGCUGGCCCCAAAAUCAGGUUGAGCCUCGAGCUAAAUCCGACUUCUGUUUCUAAGGCGGUCCGAGUUUUCAUUGAGCAGAGGGUUUUUGAACUUGCGAAGCAGAACAAUUACGACGAGGGGACCCGGCGCGCCGUGCUAGAUCAUCUAGCGCUGAAUGCGAACGACACAUUUCUCUGGGUAGCGCUAGUGUGCCAGCAUCUUGAAGUGACAGCGAGGCGGAAUGUCUUGAGGAAAUUACAGUUGUUUCCACCUGGAUUAGAUGCCCUAUACGAACGAAUGCUGCAACAUAUUAGUAGGAAGGACGAUGCUGAACUCUGCAAACAUGUGCUGGCUGCAGUCACGCUCGUCUACCGGCCUAUCACGCUUAAAGAAGUUGUAACGCUUGUCGCGCCACUCGAAGAUGCGACUAGUGACGCAGAGUUACGAGAGAUCAUCGGUCUUUGUGGCUCCUUUCUCACUUUGCGAGAACAGACUUUGCAUUUUGUGCACCAGUCAGCCAAAGACUUUCUUCUCACCAAGGCUUCCCAGGAAAUUUUCCCAGUUGGACAAAAAGCUAUUCAUCAUACUAUCUUUGCCAGAUCACUUCAAGUCAUGUCAACAACCCUAAAAAGGGACAUUUACGGACUGAAAGUAAUAGGCACGCUGAUCGAAGACGUUAAGAAGCCUACACCGGACCCAUUGGCAGCAGUCUCUUAUUCCUGUGUUUACUGGAUCGACCAUCUAUGCGAAUCAAAGUCUGCACCUUCCACGUCUGAUCCAGAACACCUGCGAGAUGGAGGGAUUAUUGAUGGGUUUCUGAAAAAAACCUUUCUAUACUGGCUAGAAUCCCUCAGUCUUUGCAAUAGUAUGUCGUACGGAGUAGUUUCGGUUAACAAGCUGCAUAUAUUAGCACGGGAACAUGGAGAGGCAACUCUCUUCACUCAGCUUGUAUAUGAUGCCUAUCGUUUUAUUAUGUAUCACAAGCAAACGAUUGAACUUGGCCCCCUCCAAGCAUACAUAUCUGCGUUAUUGUUCAGCCCAACAGACAGUCUCAUCAGAAAGGCUUACCAUCAUGAAGCAGCUGAAUGUAUUUCGAUCACAACAGCCAUGUCAAGCACCUGGAGCGAAUGUGUACAAACGCUUGAGGGACAUGAAGGUCCUGUCUCCUCAGUAGCCUUCUCUCAUGACUCGUCGCGUGUCAUAUCUGGGUCCUAUGAUAGCACGGUCAGGGUCUGGGACGCCAGCAGCGGCGCCAGCCUUCUCACACUGAAAGGCCAUACCACUCUUGUGACAUCGGUGGCCUUCUCCCAUGACUCGUCACGAGUCGCCUCAGGGUCAUUUGAUACCACGAUAAGGAUAUGGGAUAGCAACAGCGGCAUCUGUCUUCCAACACUAAGAGGCCAUAACGAACGUAUCAACUCAGUGGCCUUCUCUUGUGAUUCCUCAUGGAUUGCCUCCGGAUCACUUGACUCCACUGUCAAGAUCUGGAACUCAUACAGUGGAGAUUGUAUCCAGACAUUUGAUCAUGGCUAUGAAGUUAGCUUAGUAGCCUUCUCUCACGGCUCUACCCGAUUAGUAUCAGUAUGUGUGAAGGGCACAGUGAUGGAAGUAAGGGUCUGGGACCUAAACGAAGGCAAACUUCUAAAGACCUUUGGAGAUGCUGGCAACGACUUAAAAUCAGUAUUCUUCUCGCAUGAUUGUGCUAGAAUUGCGUUGAGCACAUGGGAAUCUGAAGAAAAAACCAUUUCAAUCUUAGAUUUGGACACUGGCGAGUGGCUGGCGACACUCAGCGGGCAUAUUGAUGACAUUCGUUCGGUCAAUUUCAACCGCAACUCGACCCAGUUAAUAUCUGGAUCAAGCAAUGGUACUAUCGAGCUUUGGGAUGCGAUCACUGGAGAGUGUCUUCGAACAUAUAAAGGUCAUACUGAAGAUGUUAAUUCAGUAGCCUUCUCUCACGACUCAAUUUAUCUGGUAUCUGGGUCAUCCGACGACACAAUCAAAAUCUGGGAUGCAAGUAGUACUGUGUGCCUUCAGAACUCAAGGGAACAUAGUGGUGAAGCUAUAUCAAUAGUCCUUUCUCCUGACUCGGCACUACUAGCAUGCGCAUACAGCAACGCCACAAUCAAAAUCUGGCACGUGAGUAGUGGAAAGUUUCUACAAACCCUCACGCGCCUUGAUCAUGAGGCCACUAUGUGGGAGGUCUACCAUUCUGCGAUCCUCUCAAUUGCCUUUUCUCAUGACUCAAACUUGCUAGGAUCUGGAUCAAAUGACGGAACAAUCAUAAUAUGGGACCUAAGUAACGGUCAAUGUCUUCGAAAAAUACUCAAUAACUAUCCUGUCCGCGAUUUAGUAUUCUCACACAACUCUGCCUGGCUGGCGUCGGAAUCCUCAACAUCAGAGGGUUGUACUAGUAAGCUGUGGGAUCUGAGCAGUGGCAAGUGCAUCCGAAACUUCGCCUGUCAUGAUACAUGGGCUGAAAAAAAUCAUAUCGGAUCGGUAGCCAUAUCCCACGACUCGGAACAGCUAGCAAUGGCAUCUCGAAGCUUCAUAAUUCAUAUUUGGAACACUAGCAAUAGUAAGAGACUCCAGACGCUGGAAGGUCAUAGUAAUAUGGUCCUCUCAAUAGCUUUCUCCUUUGACUCAGCGUUUCUUGCAUCUGGAUCAGCCGACCAUACAGUGAAGAUUUGGGAUUUAAAGCGCGGUGUCUGCCUUCAAACUUACGAAACUGAUACAUGGAUCUUACAUAUGACAUUUGAAACAACUGGGCCGUAUCUUCAUAUCGGCAUUGGCACUAUCGAUAUUAGCGCUGCUUUAGGCGUAUCGUUACCCUCAAAUAAUUUGGAGCCUUGCAUUCCUCGAUAUCACGGCAUUGGGCUAAGUCACAAUACAGAGUGGAUAACAUGUGAUUCAAAGCUCGUUGCUCGGAUACCUCCUGAAUAUCGGCCACGACGUGUGGUCUGGCCAGGACAAAUGAUUGUGUCGGGGAAUACUAUUGCCAUCGUUAUCAAUUCGGGAAUCGUCUGGAUAUGUCAAGUCGACGUCAAUAAGCUUUUAGCUCUGGAAUGA